AUGUCCGACUUGGAAAGACAGUUGGUUGAUGAUGGAUACCAGAGCGAUGUCAGUCUCGAAGAAGAAGAUGAAGAAUUGAUAUGGCGUGUCUUUUAUAGUCCAUUGGAAGAACGGGCCCGUCAGAAUGAAGAACCCAGUUUAUCUGAUGAGGAAAGUGACGAAGAAAACGACGAUGAUGUGGAUGUGGACGAAGAUCUUACCGACUUAUCUGAUAUAGACGACCCCGAGCUUGUUGCCAAAUAUCGGGAACUCAAACAAUCCAACAUCACCGAUGAUUUAUCAGAAGAGCAAGAAAGAAGACUUUUAUUAUCGAGUUUUACUGAAGAACAAAUGGAAAAAUACGAAGCUUUUAGACGUACUACUGUUAACAAGCCUGGUGUUAAGAAAAUAGUAAACUCGGUUUUGGGCCACUCGAUUCCUCAAAACGUAGCUGUUGUUUUGGCAGGUUUAUCAAAGCUGCUUUUGGGUGAAUUAAUCACUAGAGCAUUUGAAGUUCAAGAAAGAGAGUUCAAAGCAAAAUUAAUAAUGGAUAUUGAUAAUAAGAAGAAACAGAAACGUAAGAUCCUCAAAAGUUUAGAAGAAGGAAGAGAAAUUGAGGUGGAUCAUAAGCCUUUAGUAUACGCUGGUGAUUUCAAACAACCUUUGAAACCUGAACAUAUUCAAGAAGCCUGGAGAUUAUACAAGCUAGAAAAUAGCAGUGUGUUCAAUGCUCAAUGGAGGAGGCAAGGUGAAGCAGAUGGUAGAUUCUUCCGGUAAAAUCCCUGCAAAAAUUAACGAAAGUCAUGAAUAGCUUUUUCAACUCUGUACAAUAAGUGUAAUAUAUAGCUCUACUAAAUAUUUCAAAC